AUGGUUCAAGUAUUUGAGAAUGCCCAUGUGUUUAACCACGAUUUCCCCACGGUUAGUCUUGCAUAUUUGAAUAGGUACCCCAAUCCGUACGCAAAGCAUGUCUUGAGUAUUGAUACUCUUGACAGAUAUAUGGACACGGAUGGGUGUCUCAGGACCACCAAGAUAAUUGUAAAGACCGGGAGGUUGCCCAAGUUUAUCAAGCCGUUUUUAGGGACGCAUUUGGACUCGUGGAUCAUCGAGAAGACCAUCAUCAACCCCAAAACUAACCAAAUGCUCUCAUACACAUCGAAUGUGGACCACAGGAAAUUCAUUAGGAUCGAGGAGUACAUGAAGUACUCUGCAGAUAGUCCAUUUAGUACAUUGGUGGAGAGCAAGGUGAGGUUUUCCUCCAACUUGUUUGGAUUCAAGCAGAAAAUUGAAGAGUGGAGCCGCAACAGGUUCUCAUCAAACAUGGCCAAUUCUAGAGAAGGAUUGAAGUAUGUGGUUGACAAAUUGAACGAGAGGAAAGAGGUAUGGAUGAGGAGAAGUACGUAG